AUGGGCUCUAUUGAUAUGACUGGGAUUGACCCACUCACUCCUGAAAAAGGAUACCACUCUAAACCCGAUCUGUUGCGAGUAGUUUGUGUCGGCGCCGGAGCUGCGGGCUUGUUGGUCGCCCAUAGAAUGCAGACGCGCAUGACCAACUUUGAACUGGUGUUAUACGAAAAGUCCGUCUUCGCACUUCUACAUAUUCUUUCAAAGUCUGGGACUAACACUUCUAUGCUUACGCUCCUGAGAUUCUGGCGUAUUUUCGGCAUUUUGCUGAGAGUAAAGAUGUGCGCAAGGCCAAAGAUUGACGGUUUGCACGAUUUUGGAGGGAAAUUGGUACACAGCGCCAAUUGGGAUCCAAGCUCGUCGGCGAUUCAAAUUGUGCCACAAAUUCAGAAGAGUGCUAAGCACCUGACUGCAUUUAUGCGAUCAGUUACUUGGAUUUCACCGCCAGUAGCUACAGAUAUCCUUGCAGCCACCAAAGUCACAUCUCAUGAUGCAGCAGAAAGGGAUAGACUGGAUGCUCAAUACUGUUAUACGGCAGAGGAGAAGGAGCGAUAUCGCAGGGACCCGGAAAGCUUACUUGAAUUGCGCCGCAAGAUCGAAAUCGGCUUUAACAACACGUUUGACUUUUUUGUAAUGGGUUCGGAAGCGCAGAAAAUUACUCGAACGUACAUGGAAGCCGAGAUGAAACGCCGCAUUGGUCCGGGCCAUGAAGACCUAAAGGAGAAGUUGAUACCGAAGUGGUCUCCUGGUUGCGCAGCUAAUAUACUAGGCCGGCGAAUAACACCUGGCGAUGGAUACCUCGAAUCUCUUGUUCAGCCAAACGUGACUACCGUGCACGAAGAGAUUUCCAGGGUCGUAUCGGAAGGUCUCAUCGAUGAUUCAGGUACUCUACAUGAGGUCGAUAUUCUCGUCUGUGCAACAGGGUUCAACAUGGCAUUUGCACCUUCUUUUACUAUUACAGGAACGGACGGUGUCAACAUGAGGGACGAAUUCGACCCUGAUCCAAACGUUUAUCUUGCGCUUGCUGUACCGAAAUUCCCCAACUAUUUCGUCAUCAACGGCGUCCGGGGAAGUUGGGCAGCAGGCAGUAUCCUCCCAGCAACAAAUUACAUUCUUCGGGUUUUACAAAGAGUGCAAUCCGAGAAAAUCCGCUCCUUCGAGGUUAAGAACGAGCCAACACGACAAUUGAAUGAGCAUAUUGGCGGCAAGCUCUGGAUCUGGGGAGGAUCAAGUCUCCACUACCUCAAAACGAUUGAUGUGGUACGGUGGGAACAUUUCGACUUUCGCUAUAAAUCAGCAAACAUGUGGUCUUUCCUCGGAAAUGGUUAUACGAAGGCCCAAGCCUUCAAAGACGAGAACUUGCUGGCACCCUACAUCCGCACUGAGGAUACUCCAUGGAGUGUAGAAUAG